AUGACUUCUCACAGUGCCAAAGAGCUCAAUGCCCUGCUCACUGUCACCUCUGAGGCACUGAACGCUCUGGAGGUUCUCGGCUCCCCAACCUCCCAGUGGGACCAGGUGAUCGUACAUGAGGUCUCGCAACGGCUCAGCUCAAAGCUUCGUGAAGCCUGGGAGGUCAAGGUCGGUUCAUCGGCGGAGUAUCCUUCAUACAAGGACUUCAAGGAUUUCCUCACUGGGAGAGCUCGCGCGAUGGAGAGCAUCGAGAUUAACUCGGUUCCUCGUGCUCCUGCCACAAAGCCCUCCAAUGUCAGCUCAUCCAAGCAGUCGACCGCUGCGAAGGUUCACCACGGCACCGCUCAACCACCACAAAAAUCGAGGCCAGCUCUCAAGUCCGCUCCAUCGGUGAAGGACACGUACCUGUGCUCGAUGUAUGAGGCAGAUCAUUACCUCACAUCCUGCUCAUCCUUCCGUCAGCUUUCGGUAUCAGCUCGUAGGGAGGUAGUAGAGCGUCGCUACCUCUGCUACAAUUGCCUUGGUCGGCACUCGGUGAGGGACUGCAGGUCCAAGACCAAGCGUCAGUAUUGCGGGGGCCUCCACCACUCGAUGCUCCACAACCAGUCAUCGAGUCAGCCUCAACGUCCAGCUCAGCAGAGGCAACAGACCAACUCAACCCAGCAAAAGGCCGUUCCGGUGGUGACCUACACCCACGAAAACGACAUCCCCAAAGCGGUGACUGCGCCAGUGGUCAUACGAGCGAAGAUAUUGCUCCAGGCUCUAUGGAUCGAGAAACUGGGAUGGGACGAACCAGUUUCCCAGACAACUGCUCAACGAUGGAGCCAAUUCAGGGAGGAGCUCACACAGUUAUCAGAGAUCACCAUACCUCGGUGGCUUGGACUGCUCACGGAUUCCGUCGUCGAAGUACACGGUUUUUCCGACGCAUCACAAGUGGCGAUGUCAGCCGUGAUCUAUCUCAAGGUUCUCAACAAGGGAAAAUCACAACUCACAUUGGUUUGCUCAAAAACGAAGGUCGCACCGCUCAAACGGCUGACAAUCCCACGACUAGAACUCACUGCGGCUCUCCUCCUGGCCAAACUGACUAAGUACGUCAAGGACCAACUCAAUCUCACGAACGCCACCACCUAUCUCUGGACCGACUCAUCGGUCACGCUCACGUGGAUCAGCUCACACUCCUCAAGAUGGAAGGAGUUCGUGAAAAAUCGGGUGGCACUCAUCCAGGAGCUCACUCAGCAGGCUCAUUGGAGAUUGGUACCGGGCAAGGAGAAUCCUGCAGACUGUGCAUCUCGAGGUCUAUCAGCGCACCAACUGGUAUCUCAUAAGCUCUGGUGGAAAGGGCCACCAUGGCUUCAUCAAGACUGCUCAUCAUGGCCAACUCACGCUCUGGAAAAAGACCUCAGCGCAGACCUCGAGGAAAAGCCAGGAGUUCUCCUACAUGUAAAAGCUCAUCCAAUCGCGCUCUGGAAUCUCGUCGACAGAUUCUCAUCGUUCAACCGACUGCUCAGGGUCACAGCAAUCUGUCGACGAUUCAUAGCUCGGCUCAGGAAAACCCCCAACUCUUCUCUUCGAUACCCGCUCACUCUUGGUGAUCUUGAAGAGGCUCGCAUCCUCUGGAUCAAACUCACGCAGGCAGCUCACUUCAAGGAUCAACUCAGAGCGAUCUCACGAGGGGAAAGGUUCAGCAAAUCCCACCCCCUCACCAAGCUCACACCCUUCAUCGAUCGCCAAGGGGUAUUGAGGAUAGGAGGACGGCUCAAGUUUGCUCACAUAGGCCCGGAGAGCCGGAACCAAGUGAUUAUUCCGAAGGAAUCUCAACUGGCUCAGCUACUCAUCGGACAGGCUCAUCUAAGGACACUCCACGGAGGCACACAGCUCACCCUCAGGCAGCUCAGAAGUAGCUACUGGAUACUCGGAGGUCGAGCACCAGUACGCUCCUUCAUCCUCAAGUGCGUUAACUGCACUCGCCAACGUGGAGUACGCGCUCAACAGCUCAUGGGCCAGUUGCCACCAGCCAGACUCACUCCCGCUCGAGCCUUUCUCAACACUGGGAUCGACUAUGCCGGCCCAGUGUCUCUACGGUCCUGGAAAGGGCGGGGACACAAGUCGUACAAAGGCUGGUUGGCUAUCUUUGUCUGCAUGACCACCUCAGCGGUCCAUCUCGAGGUCGUGUCAGACUACUCAGCCGAGGGGUUCAUCGCGGCGUAUAGACGCUUUUCAAGUCGGCGUGGGAUCGCUCAUUCCUUGUUCAGUGACUGUGGGACCAAUUUCCUUGGCGCUGACAAGGAACUAAAGAAGCUCUUCUCGUCAGGAUCAGCUCAAUCAAGACAGCUCGCACAGCUCCUCAUCAAUGAUGGGACUCAGUGGUCCUUCAAUCCUCCAGUGCUCAACUCACGACCACUGGAACCGCUCACGGAUGAUCCUGAUGACUGUUCAGCCUUGACACCAGGGCAUUUUCUCAUCGGUCAGGCUCCCACGACUCUUCCAGAGCCAUCUUUAGAGCAACUCAACGUCUCAAGGCUCUCUAGAUGGCAGCUCAUUCAGCAGAAGCUUCAAGGAUUCUGGAAGAGGUGGUCCACGGGAUAUCUCCAACGUCUUCAAGCGAUAUCCAAGUGGCACCAUCCGACUCAUCAGAUACGGAUCGGCUCACUGGUUCUACUCACGGACGAGAGAUUCCCGCCAGCGAAGUGGCCUCUCGCCCGAGUGACCGCUCUGCACCCAGGAUCGGACGGACUCACCAGGGUAGUAACCAUCAGGACUGCUCAGACGACGCUGACAAGGCCAAUCGCCAAGCACGUCCUCUUGCCCAUCUCACCUUCAGGGGAAUAG